ACGAACCUUAAAAACAGGACCCCGACACACAAUCCGUGCGGGCAUAUUUGUAGGUGGAUUUUCCAAUUUUUAUUUUUUGGUGAUUUCAGAAAUUCAGAGUUUCAGACAACUCUUCACUCAUAUAUCCCCGCUAUAAAAUCUCGAAAAGAUGGGGAGAAUGGUGGAGCAGAUUGCUGUGGUGGCUGUAAUUGUGAUGGUUUUGUCGGAAAUAAUGGGAGGAGUGGUUGGACUGAGAAUUAUGCUGGAGAAACAGGAGUGCUUGUCACAUAAGGCUGACCAUGGAGCUACUGUUCGCGCUUCUUUCGUCGUUGUUAAGGUUCAUGGAUGGCGGCAGUCCAUGAGUUCUGGCGCUGAUCUUGUUGUCACAGGGCCAUCUGGUGAGCAGAUUCGUGAUUUCCGUGACAAGACGAGCGAGAUGUUUGAGUUUGUGGCUAAUAAAGAAGGAGUCUACCGCUUCUGCUUCACUAACAAGUCGCCUUUUUACGAGACCAUAGACUUUGAUGUCCAUUCAAGUUAUUUCUUUCAUUUUGAUCAGGAGCACGCAAAAGAUGAGCAUUUCAAGCCUCUCUUGGAAUCAAUAGCUAAGUUACGAGAUGCUUUGUACAACAUUCAAUAUGAACAGCAUUGGCUAGGGGCUCAGACUAGUCGCCAGGCUAUAGUGAACGAGAAAAUGGGCAAGAGGGCAAUCUACAAAGCAGUCUUCGAAUCAGCAGCUCUUGUCAGUGCCAGCGGUCUCCAAGUUUAUCUUCUACGUCGUCUUUUCAACAGGAGGCUGGAAAUGUCCGGUUUCUAACGUUUCAUGUUCUCUUGUAAGUUAAAAAACAAAGUUAUAGGCAGAGGAAUGAAAGAUUGGUAUAGUUUUGUAAUAUUGUAAUAUAAUUAUUUGAUAUUUACGAAAUAAAUUGAGAAAAG